AUGCCCGCUGGGGCGAACCCGGUUUCUCGGCCUGUCCGGAUCGCUACCGCGGGACACUUCCUCACUUUUUCGUCGUUCUCUGGAACGUUCCCGGCUCGGAGCACCCCGCUGCCGCCCUUCUCCUUCUCGUGCUUUUCCACCACCGACGGCGGCGGCGGCGGCAGCGGCAGCAAACAACGCAGUCUACUCAGCACCGCCACUCGUCACCGCCCGCCGCUAGCAGCAGCAUCGCUCGGGCUUCGGGGGCAACAGAAACCGCUGCUGCUCGGGCGGCGCUCCGCGAGGGGUUCCGGUCUCUCUGCCGGUUGGGCCUCGGGGCGCUUAAGGAUGAUGAGCGAGGAGGGUGGGGCUGAUGGCGCCACCUCCACGGCCGGUUGCGACAAACAGGAAGGCGGGUCGGAUUCGGGGGCGUCCGGUGGUGGUGGAGGGGCUAGAACGAAAGGGGGGCGUGGCGGCGAGGCAUUCCCGUCCGUUACGCUCGACGCCGAUGCGGUCCAGAAGUUCGCCGAGAUCCAGGUCCGGUGGGGCGGCACGGACGAAAGCUCUGAGCCAACUAUCCUGAUCCGGGGCCUGAAAUCUGCCAAAUACCACAUCGAAGCGGCUGAACCCACGAUGGCGCGUUUGCGGGAGGCUGGAGCAGACGCCACCGUUACCGGCGGCGGGCGCAUCAAGCACAGCAGCAAGAGACGAAGCAUAUUCAUCUAUGGGUACAGCAUGCAGUUUGGCCCGGCGAACCUCCCGCGAGUGGCCGACCUUUGCCGGAAGCAGUUUCCGUCGGACUACGAGGUUACUUGGACCGAAGGCGGUUACUAGUUGCGCCCCCUGUUUAAAUAGGCGGUGAUUACAGCUGCAGCAGAGUGCACUCUAUUCAGCAGUGGCCCGCCCCUCAACAACGUCGGAUGGAUACCGCCUCCCUCAAAAACUGGGCACAGACGGAGUCACCACAGUCAUUCUGUACAGUGAAUAGUGUUCCCUCUGAAUAGCGCCGGUCGAUUCGCCGGGAACAAACUGGCGUUGUUUAGGGCCACUACUGAAGGGGCUCGGAGACAAUAAAAACAUCUUGGCUAUUGCACGGGUCAACGUGCUGUAGGUAUGAGUCAAAUCUGUGGGGGCUACGUGUAUGGGUAGUGUGGG